ACAAGAGAUUACAGAAUAUACAUAUUCUGUAAUAUAUAUAAAUCUGGAGUGGUCAAAAAUGACAAAUUUUAUUUAUUUAUAAAGUUAUAUUAAAAUUAGCUUUAGUAUAGAUAAUACACUAUUACCAAAAUAAAAGUUGAUUUUCUCUUGAACAAAAAUUGUAGGUAUUAUUAAUACGACAGCAAAAUACUUCUGUUCACCUUUUGAAUACAUUCAAAAAGAGAGAGAGUGAAAAAGAGAAUUUGGGGCCUGGCUCAGCUCAGGGAGGAAGCCCUGCCUGAAAAGUCUGCAGCUUAGGCUGUUCUUUCCUCACUCAGCCCAGCAUCUCAUCUCAUCUUCUGUCACUCAGGGCCUGAGGGGGCGGGGCCUUAAGCAUUAUCCAGUCGAGGACAUUGGGCUGGAAACCGUCCAAUCAGGCAUGCAGCUGGAGCAAACAGAACGGCUUCGGGUUUGGCGGGGCCUUUGUCUCUCCCUGCAGCCAGCCGGAGCUCAGGGUCUAGUCUUCACUGCUCUGUGUCCUCUACUCCUAGAGGCCCAGCUUCUGUGGCCCUGUGACCUGCAGUAUUGAAAGAUCCACAGCUAAGACUCCGGGACCCCCUGGAAGCCUAGAAAUGGGACCACUGCAAUUUAGAGAUGUGGUCAUAGAAUUCUCUCUGGAGGAGUGGCAUUGCCGGGACACUGCACAGCAGAAUUUUUAUAUGGAUGUGAUGUUAGAGAACUACAGAAACCUGGUCUUCUUAGGUAUUGUUGUCUCUAAGCCAGACCUGAUCACCUGUCUGGAGGAAGGAAAAAAACCUUUCACUGUGAAGAGACAUGAGAUGAUUGCCAAACCCCCAGCUAAUUUUCUUCAAGUUUACACUGAAAGUCAAAGUCCUCUUAAUGGCAUAUAA